AUGGACGUGCGGUCACGAACGAGAAGAGAGGAGGGAGAAGAAGAGGUCGACCGCACCACCGCCACCGCCACCCCACCACAGUUCAGCUACAGGCGGCCGCCCGUGGCCCGACGGGGCGACCAGUGGUGGCGCAGCUGGUGGUUCGUCGUGGGCGUGGCGGCGCUGGUGGUGGCCCUGGGCUGGUGGCUCCUGGUGCUCAAGUGGGAGUGGUACUGCUUCGCCUGGGCCAGCUGGGCCGACCCGGCCCUGCACGACGCGCGGGCCUGCCGGGCUGUGCAGCCGCCCUGCCUGGAGCGGGGGCGCCUCUUGACGGCGGCCUAUGGCUUCAGAUCGGUCUACGAGGGCCGACUCAACAUCUCCAGGCUGAAGGAGGAAGGCCUGGAGUCGAGCCCUUUGUUGAUGCUUGCAUCGAGUAGCGGCGAAGAUGGAUCCUCAAAAUCUGCUUCUACGCGCGGGCAGAUGAUGAAGGUGGUGGUGAAGGAGCUGAAGGACCCCAAGUCGUGCGGUGACGUCAAGGCCCACUUCAGGGAGGUCGCCAUCGAGCGAAGGCUGCGCCACCCCAGCAUCGUGCCCUACGUCGUCUCGUGCUCCAUCUCCCCACGCUACACGCUGGUGUCCGAGUACAUGGAGGGCGGCACGCUCAGCGUGGGCAUCACCCCCAACAUGGCGUCGCGCACCUACCUCUCCAUCAUGAUCCUCCUCAACGCCAACCGAACCCGCGGCUACAUCACCGACUUCAACCUGGCGUCGUGGAUCCGUAGCGGCGAACGCUGGGGCGUGCGCCGGUAUUGGUGGCCCAAGGGCGGCUCGUGGAAGUGGUUCGCCCCCGAGAAGCUUCGUCAGCACUACUACUGGGAGGCUGCCGAUAUCUGGAGCUACGGCGUGCUGUUCUACCAGACCCUCGUUCGGGCCAACAACCAGCCUGACGAGUGGGCAGCGACGGUGAUUCGGCCCUUCUACGAGGAGCGCAUCCUCAACUCCGCCGUCGAUGGCUGGCGGCCCUCCAAGCCCCAUUUCAGGAGCGACAGAGUGGUGCUGGACAAGGCGUGGGGCCUGGUGGAGGAGUGCUGGCGGUACGACCCCUACGCGCGGCCCAACGCCACCCGGCUCGUCACCUCCCUCGAAGAUCUCCUGCGACAACUCCCCAAGUCUCGAUAA